AGAACGAAAAUUUAACCAACUUUCCACUGGUUGAGUAGUCCGAACUACGAACUUUUUCUCGUCUAGUUUAUCUAGAUUUUAGGUAUAUACCUGUACCACAUCUAAAAAACUGCAAUUUUAUCACCAAUUCAAUGAUUUUGUAAAUUCUUUGUUCGUUAAAAGUUAAUAUUUAUAAAAAUAACGUGCGACAUUGAAAGUUUUGCAAUAUAUUACUGGGCACACGUCGCUGUAGUCGCACUACAGCCCUCUAGUAUUGUUUCUAGCUUUUUUCAAUAACGUUCUUGCAUAGUUUUAUUUCAAAUUUAGUAUAAUGAACAACAUAGCAACACAAAGAAUCAAAAGAGAAUUCAAAGAAGUCAUCAAGAGCGAAGAGCUAGCAAAAUGUUCAAUUAAAGUAGAUUUAGUUGGAGAUAGCUACACAGAGCUGAAGGGUGAAAUAGCUGGCCCGCCUGAUACGCCAUAUGAAGGUGGCACAUUCUUUUUGGAAAUAAAAGUUCCAGAAACAUAUCCUUUUAACCCUCCAAAAGUUCGCUUCAUGACAAAAAUAUGGCAUCCAAAUAUUUCAUCAGUUACUGGAGCUAUAUGCUUAGAUAUUUUAAAAGACCAAUGGGCUGCAGCGAUGACAUUACGAACAGUACUAUUGUCUUUGCAAGCACUUAUGGCUGCUGCUGAACCAGAUGAUCCACAAGAUGCUGUAGUUGCCAAACAAUAUAAAGACUAUCCCGAAAUAUUUGCUAAGACUGCUAGCCAUUGGACUAACGUUUAUGCUGGUGGACCCAAUAAAAAUACAGAUUUUGAUUCAAAAAUUCAACGUCUAAUCGAUAUGGGAAUUGAAUGUGAUCAAGCACGUGGUGCACUAUCGACUUACAAUUGGGAUUUAGAGCGUGCCACAGAACAGUUAUUUAGUUAGGGUAGACUGUUGUUUGGGAUUUGUUUAUAUAUUAUCAUUAAAUUUGAUGUAAAGGUUAAAUUAUAUGAUGUAUUAAUAUAUUUUAAAUACUGUGUUAUUUUAAUUUUUUUUAUCUCAUGUAAUUUUCAAUGAAAUAAUAUUAAUAGAUUAUUAAAAUAAAUUUUUUUUAUGAAGUGCUUUAAAA